CUCUCUCUCUCUCUCUCCCUCUCUCUCUCUCUCCCUCUGUCUCUCUGUCUUUCUCCCCUGCUGCGGCUUCACCAUGGCCGAGGGCGGAGAAGGCGAGGACGAAAUCCAGUUUUUACGCACCGAUGAUGAGGUGGUGUUACAGUGUUCUGCUACACUGCAUAAGGAGCAGCAGAAGCUCUGUCUGGCUGCCGAGGGCUUUGGGAACAGACUCUGCUUUCUGGAGUCCACCUCUAAUUCAAAGAAUGUUCCUCCAGACCUGUCGAUAUGCACAUUUGUGCUGGAGCAGUCGUUAUCCGUGCGUGCUCUUCAGGAGAUGUUGGCCAACACAGAGGAGAAGGCAGAAGGGACAGCACAGGGUGGAGGUCAUCGCACUCUUCUCUACGGCCAUGCUGUCUUACUCAGGCACUCCUACAGUGGAAUGUACCUCUGCUGUCUGUCCACUUCACGCUCAUCGACUGAUAAACUUGCCUUUGAUGUAGGACUUCAAGAGGACACGACAGGUGAAGCAUGCUGGUGGACUAUACAUCCUGCCUCUAAGCAAAGAUCAGAAGGGGAAAAGGUGCGUGUAGGUGAUGACCUCAUUCUGGUCAGUGUGUCAUCCGAGCGGUACCUGCACUUGUCGUAUGGCAGUGGCAGUUUACAUGUGGAUGCUGCCUUCCAGCAAACACUGUGGAGCGUAGCACCAAUCUGCUCGGGUAGCGAGGUCGCUCAGGGUUUCCUGAUUGGUGGUGACGUCUUGAGGUUGUUGCAUGGUCACAUGGACGAGUGUCUAACUGUUCCAUCAGGAGAGCAUGGUGAGGAGCAGCGCAGGACGGUGCACUACGAGGGUGGAGCCGUAUCCACCCAUGCUCGUUCUCUGUGGAGGCUGGAAACUCUCAGAGUGGCUUGGAGUGGCAGUCACAUUCGAUGGGGUCAGUCAUUCCGCUUAUGUCAUGUGACCACUGGAAAGUACCUCAGCCUGCUGGAUGAUAAAGGUCUUCUGCUGAUGGAUAAGGAAAAGGCUGACGUCAAAUCCACUGCCUUCUGUUUCCGCUCCUCAAAGGAGAAGCUUGAUUUCGGCCAGAGGAAAGAAGUGGAUGGCAUGGGUGUACCCGACAUUAAAUAUGGCGACUCUGUUUGCUACAUCCAGCAUGUGGACACAGGUCUGUGGCUCACUUACCAAUCAGUGGAUGCCAAGUGUGCACGUAUGGGCGGAGUCCAGAGGAAGGCUAUUAUGCACCAUGAGGGUCACAUGGAUGAUGGUUUGACCCUCUCACGCUCCCAACACGAGGAGUCUCGCACUGCCAGAGUCAUCCGCAGCACAGUCUUCCUGUUCAACCGCUUUAUUAGGGGUUUGGACACCCUUAGUAAAAAGGGAAAAACCUCUAUGCUUGAUCUGCCAAUAGAGUCGGUCAGCCUGAGUCUGCAGGAUCUGAUUGGCUACUUCCAGCCCCCCGAUGAGCACUUAGAACAUGAGGACAAGCAGAAUCGACUCCGAGCACUGAAGAACAGACAGAACCUCUUUCAGGAGGAGGGAAUGAUAAACUUGGUCCUGGAGUGUAUCGACCGAUUGCAUGUGUAUAGCAGUGCAGCUCAUUUCGCUGAUGUGGCAGGACGGGAGGCAGGAGAGGCCUGGAAAUCCAUCCUCAACUCUCUCUAUGAGCUCCUGGCUGCUCUGAUCAGGGGUAACAGGAAGAACUGUGCUCAGUUUUCCAGCUCGCUGGAUUGGCUAAUAAGUCGUUUAGAGAGACUGGAGGCCUCAUCAGGGAUCCUGGAGGUGUUGCACUGUGUACUGGUGGAGAGUCCUGAAGCCCUAAACAUAAUCAAAGAAGGACAUAUCAAGUCCAUCAUCUCACUGCUGGAUAAGCAUGGACGCAACCACAAGGUUCUGGAUGUGCUGUGUUCUCUGUGUGUGUGUCACGGGGUGGCAGUUCGCUCCAACCAACACCUCAUCUGUGAUAAUCUGCUCCCGGGGAGAGACUUGUUACUGCAGACGCGCUUGGUCAACUACGUGAGCAGCAUGAGGCCAAACAUCUUCCUGGGGGUGAAUGAAGGCUCAGCGCAGUACAAGAAAUGGUAUUAUGAGCUGAUUGUGGACAAUGUGGAGCCGUUUGUGACAGCAGAGGCAACUCAUUUGAGGAUAGGAUGGGCAUCUACACCCGGGUACUCGCCUUAUCCAGGAGGGGGCGAGGGCUGGGGGGGCAAUGGAGUCGGAGACGACCUUUACUCUUAUGGUUUUGAUGGCCUACACCUGUGGUCAGGCUGCAUUGCUCGGACAGUCAGCUCCCCCAAUCAGCACCUACUCUGUGCUGACGAUGUGGUGAGCUGUUGUCUGGAUCUCAGCGCUCCCAGCAUCUCGUUCCGCAUCAACGGGCAGCCAGUUCAGGGCAUGUUUGAGAACUUCAACACAGACGGCCUUUUCUUUCCCGUAGUCAGCUUCUCUGCUGGAGUCAAAGUGCGCUUCCUUUUGGGCAGUCGACAUGGAGAGUUUAAGUUCCUCCCUCCAACAGGUUAUGCACCAUGUUUUGAGGCUGUGUUACCACGAGAGAAGCUCAGAGUGGAACACAAUCAAGAGUACAAACAUGACCAUGGUGUGACCCGAGACCUUCUGGGGCCAACACCCAGCCUGUCCCAGGCUGCAUUUACCCCCACACCUGUGGAUACCAGCCAGAUUGUGUUGCCCCCUCACCUUGAGCGAAUCCGAGAGAAGUUAGCCGAGAACAUCCAUGAGCUCUGGGUCAUGAACAAGAUCGAGCUGGGCUGGACAUAUGGAGUGGUAAGGGAUGACAAUAAGAGGCAGCACCCGUGUCUAGUGGAGUUCUCCAAACUGCCAGAACAGGAGCGCAGCUACAAUCUACAGAUGUCUCUGGAGACGCUGAAGACUCUGUUGGCGUUGGGUUGCCAUGUCGGAAUGGCAGAUGAACGAGCCAUGGAGAAAGUCAAACGUCUCAAGCUCUCGGCUAAAUACAUGCUGUCCAGUGGCUACAAACCUGCACCUAUGGAUCUGAGCCACAUCAAACUGGCCUCUACACAGGAGGCCAUGGUGGACAGACUGGCUGAGAACGCUCACAACGUGUGGGCCAGAGACCGCAUUCGCCAAGGGUGGACCUACGGCAUCCAGCAGGAUGUGAAGAACAAGAGGAACCCACGGCUGGUGCCUUAUGCUCUUCUGGACGAAAGAACCAAGAAAUCAAACAAGGACAGUCUGCGAGAGGCUGUGCGCACUUUACUAGGUUACGGAUACAACUUGGAGGCUCCCGACCAAGACCAUGCAGCUCGAGCGGACAUUAACAACGUAUCUGCAGAGCGUUUCCGGAUCUUCCGGGCUGAAAAGACGUACUGUGUGAAUACUGGGAAGUGGUACUUUGAGCUGGAGGUGGUGACGGCGGGUGAGAUGAGGGUGGGCUGGGCCCGUCCAGGCUGCCUGCCAGACCAGGAGCUGGGUUCCGAUGACCAAGCCUUCGUGUUUGAUGGAUUUAAGGCUCAGAGGUGGCAUCAGGGGAACGAGCACUUUGGGCGUUCAUGGCUGCCAGGAGAUGUUGUAGGCUGCAUGGUGGAUUUGAAUGAGCACACCAUGAUGUUCACACUGAAUGGAGAGGUGCUGCUGGAUGACUCAGGAUCUGAACUUGCAUUCAAGGACUUUGAAGUCUGGGAAGGUUUUAUCCCGGUGUGCAGUCUGGGCGUGAGUCAGUUAGGCCGGAUGAACUUUGGGAAAGAUGUGAGCACACUGAAGUUCUUCACCAUCUGCGGCCUGCAGGAGGGCUACGAGCCAUUCGCUGUCAAUAUGAACCGAGACGUCACCAUGUGGCUCAGCAAGAGACUGCCUCAGUUUAUACCUGUACCACAGGGCUACGAGCACAUUGAGGUCACGAGAAUUGAUGGCACAGUGGAGAGUCCACCUUGCCUAAAGGUUACACAGAGGUCAUUUGGAUCCCAGAACAGUAACACAGACAUUGUGUUUUACCGGUUGAGUAUGCCCAUCGAGUGCGCUGAGGGAUUCACUAAACCCGCUGGUGGGACUUUACCAGCAAACGGCAGCUUCUUCUCUCCGAAGAAAGAUCUGGAAGAUUUUGAGACAGUCUCAGACUUUGAGGUGCUGAUGAAGAGUUCUCACAGCCACAUGAGCUCUAACGGCCCGGAUAAAGAAAAGGACGAGUUUAACAACCACAAGGACUACAACCAGGAGAAACCAUCAAAACUGAAACAGAGGUUCAUGUUGAAAAAGUCUAAACCGGAUUUCAGCACAAGUAACUCAUCAGCUCGUCUGUCUGAAGAGGUGAUGGCCGACGAGAGAGAUGAUUAUGAGUUCCUGAUGCAGACAUGCACGUACUACUACUCGGUACGGAUUUUUCCAGGCCAGGAGCCUUCCAGUGUGUGGGUAGGCUGGGUGACCUCUGACUUCCACCAGUACGACCCGGCCUUUCACCUUGACAAGAUCCGGACUGUCACAGUCACCCUCGGGGAUGAGAAAGGAAAAGUUCAUGAGAGCAUUAAGCGCAGUAACUGCUACAUGGUGUGGGCCGGUGAGAGUAAUAACCCUGGGCAGGGCCGUAACAAUAAUGGACUAGAGAUCGGCUGCAUGGUGGACACUGCCAGUGGCCUGCUCACUUUCACAGCCAAUGGCAAAGAGCUCAGCACUUACUACCAGGUGGAGCCGAGUACCAAACUGUUCCCUGCAGUGUUUGCUCAGGCCACCAGCCCCAACGUCUUCCAAUUUGAACUGGGACGAAUCAAGAAUGUGAUGCCAUUAUCAGCCGGGCUGUUUAAGAGCGAGCGGAAGAACGCAGUGUCUCAGUGUCCACCCCGCAUGCAUGUCCAGUUCCUCACACCCGUGCUCUGGAGCCGAGUGCCCAAUCAGUUCCUCAGGUCAGAGGUCACCAGGGUCAAUGAGAGGCACGGCUGGAUGGUGCAGUGCACAGAACCGCUGCAGUUCAUGGCCCUGCAUAUACCUGAGGAGAACAGGUCGGUGGAUAUCCUGGAACUCACAGAACAGCGGGAGCUGUUGCAGUUUCACUACCACACACUGCGUCUGUACUCAGCCAUGUGUGCUCUGGGGAACCACCGUGUGGCAGCAGCGCUCUGCAGCCAUGUGGACGAGUCUCAGCUGCUGUCAGCUAUUCAGAACAAAAGUAUGGCGGGCCUGCUUCGCACCGGCUACUAUGAGCUGCUCAUCGACAUCCAUCUGAGCAGCUAUGCCACAGCCCGGCUCAUGAUGAACAACGAGUACAUUGUGCCCAUGACUGAUGAGACCAAGAGCAUCACACUCUUUCCUGACGAGCAGAAGAAGCGCCACGGCCUGCCAGGAAUUGGCCUGAGCACCUCACUGAGACCACGCAUGCACUUCUCCUCUCCGAAUUUCAUCAGUGCUGUCACCACAGGCAAUGGCAGCGGCGGGAGCGACCGUUUCCAAUACAGCCCAGAGUUCCCGCUGGAGACUCUGAAGAGCCGCACGAUGGAGAUGCUCACAGAGGCAGUACAGGAGGGCAGCCUUCAUGUUCGAGACCCUGUAGGGGGAAGCACAGAGUUUCUUUUUGUGCCUCUUAUCAAGCUCUUUUAUACAUUGCUCAUCAUGGGCAUCUUCCACAAUGGGGACCUGAGGGCUAUCCUGCAACUCAUCGAGCCCAGUGUAUUCUCACAGGACUCUGGGGAACAGGGGCGGGCCAUCAGUCCAGACAGAGAAACUGAUUACGGAGAGAGAAGGACUGACGGAGGCCCAGGAGGAGAGGAGGAAGAGAGUGGAAAGAGGAAAGUGCCUAAAGAAGGCCUGCUUCAGAUGAAGCUGCCUGAACCUGUUAAACUGCAGAUGUGCCACCUUCUGCAGUAUCUGUGUGACUGUCAGGUCCGGCACCGGAUCGAGGCGGUAGUGGCCUUCUCUGAUGACUUUGUAGACAACCUGCAGGAUAACCAACGUUUCCGCUAUAACGAGGUGAUGCAGGCACUCAACAUGUCUGCUGCCCUCACUGCUCGCAAAACCAAAGAGUUCCGCUCACCGCCUCAGGAACAGAUUAACAUGCUGCUCAGCUUCAAGGAUGAGAAGCAGGAAUGUCCCUGUCCAGAGGACAUCCGAGACCAGCUGCUGCAGUUCCAUGAAGAUCUCAUGACACACUGUGGUAUAGAGAUUGAUGACGAUAAGCUGGGGGAAGGAGACAGCGAUUUCACGAUCAGAGGGCGUCUUAUGUCCCUGGUGGAAAAAGUGUCUUACUUGAAGAAGAAAAUGACUGACAUGCCGAAGAAAAAAAAAGCCAAGAAGCCCAGCACUCUGCAGCAGUUGAUUUCAGAGACGAUGGUUCGCUGGGCUCAGGAGUCUGUGAUAGAGGACCCUGAGCUAGUCAGGGCCAUGUUUGUGCUGCUACACAGACAGUAUGAUGGAAUCGGCGGGCAGGUGCGUGCUCUGCCAAAAACAUACACCAUCAAUGCUGUCUCUGUGGAGGACACCAUCAACCUGUUAGACUCGCUUGGACAGAUCCGUUCACUGCUCAGCGUCCGCAUGGGCCGCGAGGAAGAAAAACUCAUGAUCCGAGGCCUCAGCGACAUCAUGAACAAUAAGGUGUUCUAUCAGCACCCAAACCUGAUGAGAGCUUUGGGGAUGCAUGAAACAGUUAUGGAGGUCAUGGUUAAUGUGCUGGGUGGAGGAGAGUCCAAGGAAAUCGCAUUUCCUAAGAUGGUGGCCAACUGCUGUCGCUUUCUGUGUUACUUCUGCCGGAUCAGCCGUCAAAACCAGAAGGCCAUGUUUGAUCACCUGAGCUAUUUGCUGGAGAACAGCAGCGUGGGUCUCGCGUCUCCAUCAAUGCGUGGCUCCACACCACUGGACGUAGCUGCUGCUUCUGUGAUGGAUAAUAACGAACUGGCGCUGGCCCUCAGAGAACCAGACCUGGAAAAGGUGGUGCAGUAUCUUGCAGGCUGUGGUCUGCAGAGCUGUUUAAUGUUGGUGUCUAAGGGUUAUCCUGAUAUUGGCUGGAACCCUGUGGAGGGAGAGCGAUAUCUCGACUUCCUCCGCUUCGCUGUAUUCUGCAACGGUGAGAGUGUGGAAGAGAAUGCUAAUGUGGUGGUGCGCCUAUUGAUUCGCCGGCCAGAGUGUUUUGGCCCCGCCUUGCGUGGUGAGGGUGGAAAUGGGUUGCUGGCAGCGAUGGAGGAGGCUAUUAAAAUAUCUGAAGAUCCAAGCAGAGAUGGACCCUCACCUACAUCAGAGGACAGCAAGACACUUAGCGAUAUGAUGGAUGACGAGGAGGAUGACACUAUACACAUGGGUAAUGCCAUCAUGACCUUCUAUGCCGCUCUGAUAGAUCUUUUGGGCCGCUGUGCUCCAGAGAUGCACCUGAUCUAUGCUGGAAAAGGAGAGGCGAUUCGUAUCCGGGCCAUCCUUCGCUCUCUCAUUCCCAUUCAGGACCUGGAGGGAGUGAUCAGCCUCCCCUUUCACAUGCCCACACUCGCUAAAGACGGUUCUGUGGUGGAGCCAGACAUGUCGGCUGGGUUCUGUCCAGACCACAAAGCAGCCAUGGUUCUUUUUCUAGACCGCGUUUAUGGAAUCGAGGACCAGAACUUCCUACUCCAUCUGCUGGAGGUCGGCUUUCUGCCUGAUCUGAGAGCUGCUGCCUCAUUGGAUACAGCUGCUCUGAGUGCCACAGACAUGGCGCUGGCUCUAAACCGUUACUUGUGUACUGCUGUUCUACCCUUGCUGACAAAAUGCGCACCUCUAUUCGCGGGCACAGAGCCGUUUGCCUCACUCAUCGACUCGCUCCUCCACACUGUGUACCGCCUGUCCAAGGGCUGCUGCCUCACCAAAGCCCAGAGAGACGCCAUCGAAGAGUGCCUGCUCGCUGUGUGUGGGAAACUGAGGCCAUCUAUGAUGCAGCAUCUGCUGAGACGUCUGGUGUUUGAUGUUCCUCUGCUGAAUGAACACACCAAAAUGCCUUUAAAGCUUUUGACCAAUCACUACGAGCGAUGCUGGAAGUACUACUGUCUGUCAGGGGGGUGGGGAAGCUUUGGUGCAGCGUCAGACGAGGAGCUCCACCUCACAAGAAAACUCUUCUGGGGAAUCUUUGAUGCUUUAUCCAGAAAGAAGUAUGAUGCUGAGCUGUUUAAGCUGGCUUUACCGUGUCUGAGUGCUGUUGCUGGCGCUCUACCUCCAGACUACAUGGAGUCUAACUAUGUGGCGAUGAUGGAGAAACAGUCGUCCAUGGAUGCAGAGGGCAACUUUAAUCCUCAGCCUGUUGACACCAGCAAUGUGAAUGUUCCUGAGAAGCUGGAUCACUUUAUCAACAAGUACGCUGAACACUCACACGAGAAAUGGUCCAUGGAGAAGUUUGCUAAUGGCUGGGUUCAUGGUGAGCAGUUGUGUGAUGCCUCCAAAAUUCAUCCAUUGCUAAAGGCUUACAAGGGACUCUCGGACAAGGAUAAAGAGGUGUACCGUUGGCCCAUCAGAGAGACUCUGAAGACCAUGUUGUCUUGGGGCUGGAGCAUCGAAAGGAUGAGGGAGAGCGACUCGGCCAGUUUACACACCCGGACACGCAGGAUCUCCCUCACCAGCCAGCUUUCUGUAGAGGGCGCUCAUGGAUUCAGCCCUCGCCCAGUGGACAUGAGCAAUGUCACCCUGUCCCGGGAUCUGCAUUCCAUGGCAGAGCUGCUUGCAGAGAACUAUCAUAAUAUUUGGGCCAAGAAGAAGAAGCAUGAACUGGAAGCCAAAGGAGGGGGAAGCCAUCCACUGCUGGUUCCCUAUGACACUCUAACUGCCAAAGAGAAAUCCAAAGACAGAGAAAAAGCACAAGACAUCCUCAAGUUCCUUCAGAUUAAUGGAUACACCGUAUCACGGGCUAUGAAGGAGCAAGAGCUGGACACACCCUCUAUAGAGAAACGGUUUGCUUACACGUUUCUACAGCAGCUCAUCACAUAUGUGGAUGAAGCUCAUGAGCACAUGCUGGAAUUCGACGUUACUACACGACAAAAAGGAGAGAAAAUUCCUCACGAGCAGCAGAUGAAGUUCUUUGGAAAGGUUGUUCUGCCACUGGUUGACCAGUACUUUAAGAACCAUCGGCUCUACUUCCUGUCCACUGCCAUCCGUCCAAUCAGCAGUGGAGGCCAUGCUUCCAAUAAAGAGAAGGAGAUGGUGACCAGUCUUUUCUGCAAACUGGGAGUUCUUGUGAGACAUAGGAUAUCUCUGUUUGGGAAUGAUGCCACUUCUAUCGUGAACUGCCUUCACAUACUUGGGCAGACAUUAGAUGCCAGGACAGUUAUGAAGACGGGUCUAGAGUCGGUAAAGGCAGCAUUGCGGGCAUUUUUCGAUAAUGCCGCCGAGGAUCUGGAGAGGACAAUGGAGAAUCUACGGCAGGGUCAGUUCACACACACUCGAACUCAGUCCAGAGGAGUCACCCAGAUCAUCAACUACACCACCGUGGCUCUGCUGCCCGUCCUGUCCUCACUGUUUGAGCACAUCGGUCAAAACCUUUUUGGAGAGGACCUUAUAUUGGAUGAUGUCCAGGUUUCCUGUUACAGGAUCCUAAACAGCCUCUACUCACUUGGCACCAGUAAAAGUAUCUACGUAGAAAGGCAGCGGCCUGCUCUGGGCGAGUGUCUGGCAGCAUUUUCUGGUGCGUUCCCCGUAGCCUUCCUGGAACCUCAUCUUAACAAUUACAACAGCUUCUCCAUCUACAACACUAAAGGCUCCAGAGAGAGGACAGCAUGUGGUCUCCCAGCUCAGGUGGAAGAAGUGUGUCCCUUAGUCCCUUCCUUGGAGAAAGCUCUGGAAGAGAUCAUGGAGCUGGCUGAGUCAGGCAUGCGCUACACUCAGAUGCCCCAUGUGAUGGAGGUGGUGCUGCCUAUGCUGUGCAGCUACAUGUCUCAUUGGUGGGAGCACGGGCCAGAGAGCAACCCAGAGCGUGCUGAUACGUGCUGCACUUCGCUCACCUCUGAGCACAUGAACACCCUUCUGGGCAACAUACUCAAGAUCAUCUAUAACAACUUGGGUAUUGACGAAGGUGCCUGGAUGAAGAGGCUCGCUGUUUUCUCUCAGCCCAUCAUCAGUAAAGCCCGGCCACAGCUGUUAAAGACACACUUCCUGCCGCUGAUGGAGAAGCUGAAGAAGAAGGCGGCCACUGUGCUUUUGGACGAAGAACAUAUGAAGGCAGAAGGCCGCGGUGAGAUGUCCGAGUCUGAGCUGCUCAUUCUGGACGAGUUCACCAUCUUGGUGCGCGACCUGUACGCCUUCUAUCCACUCCUCAUCCGCUUUGUCGAUUAUAACAGAGCAAAGUGGCUGAAAGAACCGAACCCUGAGGCUGAGGAACUGUUCCGCAUGGUUGCAGAGGUCUUCAUCUUCUGGGCCAAAUCACAUAAUUUCAAACGGGAGGAACAGAACUUUGUUGUUCAGAACGAGAUAAACAACAUGUCGUUCCUCAUCACUGACACCAAGUCCAAAAUGUCCAAGGGGGCAGUGUCGGACCAGGAGAGAAAGAAGAUGAAGAAGAGAGGAGAUCGUUAUUCCAUGCAAACAUCUCUGAUUGUUGCUGCUCUCAAGAGGCUGCUUCCUGUUGGUCUAAAUAUCUGUGCUCCCGGAGACCAGGAACUCAUCACCCUCGCCAAGAACCGCUUUACUCAGAAAGACACAGAGGAUGAAGUUCGGGAGAUCAUCCGUAAUAAUCUUCACCUGCAGGGAAAGCUGGAGGACCCUGCCAUUCGCUGGCAGAUGGCUCUGUAUAAGGAAAUGCCUAACCGCAGUGAGGACACCUCAGACCCAGAGAAGACUGUAGAGAGAGUGCUGGACAUCGCUCAUGUGCUCUUCCAUCUGGACCAGGUGGAACAUCCUCAGAGGAGUAAAAAAGCUGUGUGGCACAAGCUUCUGUCCAAACAGAGGAAACGUGCAGUGGUGGCAUGCUUCAGGAUGGCGCCUCUUUAUAACCUGCCCAGACACCGAGCCGUGAACCUGUUCCUGCAGGGAUAUGAGAAAUCCUGGAUUGAGACAGAGGAGCAUUAUUUUGAAGAUAAGCUCAUAGAGGAUUUGGCUAAGUCUGGUGGAGAGGAGCCAUCAGAAGAGGAUGAAGGGGUUAAACACAUUGACCCUCUGCACCAGCUCAUUCAGCUCUUCAGCAGGACUGCGCUCACAGAGAAAUGUAAACUGGAGGAGGACAGCCUUUACAUGGCCUACGCUGACAUCAUGGCCAAGAGCUGCCAUGAUGAGGAGGAAGACGAUGAAGAGGAAGUGAAGAGUUUUGAAGAGAAGGAGAUGGAGAAGCAGAAAUUGCUCUAUCAGCAGGCUCGGCUCCAUGAUCGUGGUGCAGCUGAGAUGGUGCUGCAGACCAUCAGUGCCAGCAAAGGUGAGAUGGGGCCGAUGGUGGCAUCUACACUCAAGCUGGGCAUCGCUAUACUUAAUGGUGGAAAUUCCACAGUACAGCAGAAAAUGCUGGAUUACCUGAAGGAUAAAAAGGACGUCGGAUUCUUCCAGAGCCUGGCAGGACUUAUGCAGUCUUGCAGCGUUCUAGACUUGAAUGCUUUCGAGAGGCAGAAUAAAGCUGAGGGUCUGGGCAUGGUGACGGAAGAAGGCUCAGGCGAAAAGGUGAUGCAGGAUGACGAGUUCACCUGUGACCUGUUCCGCUUCCUGCAGCUGCUCUGUGAAGGACACAACUCGGAUUUCCAGAACUACCUGAGAACACAAACAGGAAACAACACGACUGUCAACAUCAUCAUCUCCACUGUGGACUACCUACUAAGGGUACAGGAAUCCAUCAGUGAUUUUUACUGGUACUAUUCAGGGAAGGAUGUGAUUGAUGAGCAGGGUCAACGUAAUUUCUCCAAAGCUAUAAAUGUGGCUAAGCAGGUCUUCAAUACUCUUACGGAGUAUAUUCAGGGUCCUUGUACAGGGAACCAGCAGAGCCUAGCGCACAGUCGCCUGUGGGAUGCGGUGGUUGGGUUCCUCCAUGUUUUUGCACACAUGCAGAUGAAGCUCUCACAGGAUUCAAGUCAGAUUGACCUUCUGAAAGAGCUCAUGGAUCUGCAGAAGGACAUGGUGGUAAUGCUUCUCUCCAUGUUAGAGGGGAAUGUUGUGAAUGGCACCAUUGGAAAGCAGAUGGUCGACAUGUUAGUGGAGUCUUCCAACAACGUGGAGAUGAUUCUCAAGUUCUUCGACAUGUUCCUCAAACUAAAAGAUCUGACGUCGUCAGAUACCUUCAAAGAGUAUGACCCAGACGGGAAGGGGGUCAUCUCCAAGAGAGACUUCCACAAAGCCAUGGAGAGUCACAAGCAUUACACGCAGUCCGAGACAGAGUUCCUACUGUCGUGUGCUGAAACGGACGAGAACGAGCUGCUCGAUUACGAAGAAUUUGUAGAGCGAUUUCAUGAGCCGGCCAAGGAUAUCGGCUUCAACGUGGCCGUGCUACUGACUAACUUGUCCGAGCACAUGCCUCACGACUCGCGCCUGCAGACGUUCCUGGAGCUGGCCGAAAGUGUGCUCAAUUACUUCCAGCCUUACCUGGGCCGCAUCGAGAUCAUGGGCAGCGCCAAACGCAUCGAGCGGGUGUACUUUGAGAUCAGUGAGUCGAGCCGCACACAGUGGGAGAAGCCACAGGUGAAAGAGUCCAAGCGCCAGUUCAUCUUUGAUGUUGUCAAUGAGGGUGGUGAAAAAGAGAAGAUGGAGCUGUUUGUUAAUUUCUGUGAAGACACCAUAUUUGAGAUGCAGCUGGCUGCACAGAUGUCUGACGCCGGAGAGCGCUCGGCGAGCAAAGAAGAGAACGAGCGGGAGAAACCUGAAGAGGAAACCCCUGACAUGGGCUUCUUCUCUAUCAGCACUGUUUGCUCAGCACUGUUUGCCCUCCGCUACAACGUCAUGCUUCUGAUGAAGGUGCUGUCCAUGAAAAGUCUGAAGAAGCAGCUGAAGAAGGCUAAGAAGAUGACCGUGAAGGACUUGGUGACCACAGUGGCUGCUUUCUGCUGGAGCGUGCUCAUGGGGCUGCUUCACUUUGCUUUCAGCGUGGCCCGCGGCUUCUUCCGAAUCAUAUACAGCAGCUUCCUGGGUGGAGGCCUGGUGGAGGGAGCCAAGACCAUGAAGGUGUCUGAGCUGCUGGCCAACAUGCCCGAUCCAACGCAGGACGAGGUGAGAGGAGAGAGUGAGGAGGUGGAGAGGAAACAUGCAGAGAAAACAUCACCUGAGGAAGACUUAGCCGACCUCGCAGUGGCUGCGGAAGACACGGACCUGCUGUCUGAUAUAUUUGGACUGGAUUUGAGGAGGGAAGGAGGACAAUACAAACUCAUGCCUCAUAACCCCAACGCCAGCCUGACAGACGUGCUCAAUACACCCACGCCACCGCCCCCUACGCCCUCGCCCGAACUCCGCAGAAGACACACGGUGAAGGGUUCAUCUUCAUCAACUGAUGAGAAAGAAGCUACAGAAGAAACCAAGACAGUGUCUGAGAAAGCAGAAGGGGAGGACGGAGAGAAAAAGGAAAAGAAGAAGGAAGUACAAAAGAAAAAGAAGCCUCAGCUUUAUCGGUCCUCCAAAUCAGAUGAGCCAGAUCAACAGGAGUCUGCCUUCUGGAAGAAGAUCAUCGCUUACCAGCGCAAGCUGCUAAACUAUUUUGCACGGAAUUUCUACAACAUGAGAAUGCUGGCUCUGUUCGUGGCCUUUGCAAUCAACUUCAUCUUGCUGUUCUACAAGGUUUCCACUUCCUCUGCAGUAAAAGAGGAAAAGCGGGUGGUGUACAGUGCAUCAUCACUGGACAGUGGACUGCGGUGGGACACGCAAGGCGACUCUUCCAACGAUCGGCCAGUUACCGUGCAUUUUGUUCUAGAGGAGAGUAGCGGCUACAUGGAGCCCACACUGCGUAUCCUAGCCAUCCUACACACCAUCAUCUCUUUCUUCUGCAUCAUCGGAUAUUACUGCCUCAAGGUUCCCCUGGUGAUCUUUAAGAGGGAGAAGGAAGUGGCUAGGAAGCUGGAGUUUGAUGGGUUGUAUAUUACAGAGCAGCCAUCAGAGGAUGACAUUAAAGGCCAGUGGGACAGACUGGUCAUCAACACACAGUCCUUUCCAAACAACUACUGGGAUAAAUUUGUAAAGAGAAAGGUGAUGGAUAAAUAUGGGGAAUUUUACGGUAAUGACCGAAUCAGUGAGCUUCUGGGGAUGGACAAAGCUGCACUGGACUUUAGUGAUGCCCAUGAAAAGAAAAAGCCCAAGAAAGACAGCUCACUAGCUGCUGUACUGAACUCUGUUGAUGUGAAAUAUCAGAUCUGGAAGUUGGGAGUUGUCUUCACAGAUAAUUCUUUCCUCUACCUAGCCUGGUACAUGACGAUGUCCAUACUGGGCCACUACAAUAACUUCUUCUUCGCUGCUCAUCUGCUAGACAUUGCUAUGGGCUUUAAGACACUGAGGACUAUACUGUCUUCUGUUACUCACAAUGGCAAACAGCUUGUGUUGACAGUGGGCUUGCUGGCAGUGGUAGUCUACCUCUACACUGUGGUGGCCUUCAACUUCUUCCGCAAGUUCUACAACAAGAGCGAGGACGGAGAAUCUCCGGACAUGAAGUGUGACGACAUGUUAACGUGUUACAUGUUCCACAUGUACGUGGGCGUACGCGCGGGCGGUGGCAUCGGCGAUCAGAUUGAGGAUCCUGCAGGUGACGAAUAUGAGAUUUACCGCAUCAUCUUCGACAUCACCUUUUUCUUCUUUGUCAUCGUCAUCCUCCUCGCCAUAAUUCAGGGUCUUAUCAUUGAUGCAUUUGGUGAGCUAAGAGACCAGCAAGAACAAGUGAAGGAGGACAUGGAGACCAAGUGCUUCAUCUGUGGGAUUGGAAACGACUAUUUCGACACCGUCCCUCACGGCUUCGAAACACACACCUUACAGGAGCACAACUUGGCAAACUAUCUAUUUUUUGUGAUGUAUCUCAUAAAUAAGGAUGAAACGGAGCACACAGGCCAGGAGUCCUACGUUUGGAAAAUGUACCAGGAACGCUGCUGGGAAUUUUUCCCGGCCGGAGACUGCUUCCGUAAACAAUACGAGGACCAGCUCAACUGAUACACACACACACAUAUACACACACACACUCACACACACACACACACACACACACACACACACACACACACACGUAAAGACUCAAGUCCCUUGGACUUUGUUUCUUUGGGACUUACGCGGAGGAGGACACUUUGGAAAGCGUUUGAGAUUUUUAACAUGGUGGAACUGUUCCCAGAAGCUACUGGGACACAGAGAGAGAGAUAGAGUGAGAGAAAAAGAAAAAGAGAGUCUGAUUGCUUCUCCAUUCUACAUUUGCUUUAAUAAAUCCAUAAAGAGGAGCAAAAAAGAAAGAGAGAGAGAGAGAGAGCACAAAAAUGAGGAGGAGAGCAAGAGGUGGACGGAUGAUGUAAAAGGAAGAGACGGUGGAGGGAAGUCAUCUUACACAUUCUGGUCUCUUUAUUUGUUUGGCAGGAUGGACUGAUGAGCACAUGGAUGGAUGGAUGGAUACUAAAGAAAGACAGGCACCAUGAUAUUAGCCAGGGACAACAGAAGGGACACAGUGCCUUACCAAGCAAAGGGUGAGCUAUGCAAGCUGCGAGAGAGAGAGAGAGGGAGCAAAGAGAGAGAGAGGUGAAUAGAUAGACAAAGAAGCAGAAACAGGGAAGUCAAGAGGGCUACAAUAGGCGCAAUGCACUGCUAGUGUAGGUAUAUAAUUAGGAGUGUGCGUGUGUGUGGAGAGAGAGCAAAUGGAAAUGUAUGACAGUGAGUAGUGAUUAGAAACACUUGUAAGGCUGUGUUCACAAUGUGUUCACACUUUCCCUCAACCGCUAACCACCAGCCAGUGUGGUUUCACAGACAGCAAAAGUGCUGAAUAAACCUUCACUCUACCAGGUUGCAGGUCAGGGGCAAGUGCAAACAGCCAAGUGAGAGGGCACAACCAUUGCCUGGAUAACGGCUGAGAUACCAAUGUAACAUUUCAUAAUAAUAAUAAUAAUAAUAAUAAUAAUAAUAAUAAAUGAUAAAUCUAGAUAAGUAAGUAACUGAGGCAGCAUAGUGGAUCUGAUACAUUAGCUGAAGUCACCCACCUGGUUAUCUACAGUAUAUUGCCUACAUUAGGGCUUUUUGCAUGUGAGCCACCUUAAAUGUCUUACUCGUGCUUACCAGCCAUAAAACACAAAUCGUUCAUUAAAUCAAAGACUGUGCAAAGGGGAAAUAUAAAUAACGAAAAGGACGUACUUAUUGGCUGUGUGACAACAAACACACAUUGACUCACAAUUAUUCAUUCAACAAAGCGUUGCUUGUCUACGCCAGCCUCUGAAAUCAUUUUGCUUACUCGUGGCAUGUUGCAAAGCCGAAUGACAAAUAGGCCAUAAUUUAAUGUUUAUGUGUUUGCCUUGGCAGAACUGAGGACACUAAGUCAGGGGUUAAAUCACCCUGUCUUAAACAAUGAUAUGACUUUACAUACAGCUAACUAGUCAGCAGUAGGUUAUCACUGCACUAGCUAAACAUAAACAACUCUAAUGGUAGUUAUCUACUGUUUGCGGACUUUCUCUAACCUCCCAGGAAACACAAAAUUGGCUACACAAAAUUGCCCCUUUGUGUGUGUGUGUGUGUGUGGGAGUGAGUGAGAGAGGGUGGUUAUAGCCUCUGGAUCCACUGGCCAGGUCAAAAAGAGUUAAUGAUUAGGAAUGAAUGAAUGAAUGAAAGCUAUUUACCGAGUAUUAAAUACAAUAAGGUAUUAAAUUAACUAAAGAUUUGCUCCGUCAUGUUUUAUCUUCAUAUCAUAACACAAAAGAUGGUCAGUGUUCUGUAUAAAAAGCACAUGGUGUGAACACAGCCUAAGAUCAUAUAAAGUGCUUCAGUAUAAAGCCAUGGGGUUCGUGUUGGGUAGAAAAGAAAGAGAGAGCUUGUAACCUGUCAGGAUUACUGUUAGGUUUUCAUUUCAGCCCCACCUCACCCUUACUACAGCAUUUCUGUAUGUGUGUGUGUGUGUGUGUGUGUGUUUUUUUGUUGUUGUUUUUUUUCUUCCUUUCAGUAACUUCGGUAAUGCAUUUAUGCAACAGCAGAGUUAACAACUUUAUAUACAAAUUCUAGAAAUCUAAGAAAAAAAUGUUUCAUUUUUGCAUGUUUAUUAUGCAAGUUUAAGACGAACGUUUGAAAAAUUAAAAAGACUCAAAACUAUCUACGGUCACACUGACACUUUUAUAGGUUUAAGGUUAUUUACAAAAUCUCUAUGCUACCCGAGUGUUGUGGGCUUUCUUGUGUAUUACCAGCCACUGUCAUUAGCCGAGGAGCCGCUUUGGUCCAGGCUUCCUCAAGACACUGUAGGAACACGCAUCUCCAUCUGAAUGGACUACGCUAAUGCUAAAGCGAUGCUCAUCUGAGUCUACUGUGUGAUGCUCAGAGAUCUUCUAAACAGGACGUCAGUCAAUUUCUAACACGAAUGACCUCACAUUACAUCCCAGGAUUUAAAGCUUAUAUUACUAUCUGACUAUUGGACAUGUGUAUCAUCUAAUCAAGUAUUGAUUAUUAUAAUGUCACAUCUUCAAACCCAUCAUUGCAUUAUUUAUUUUCUGUACCUGUUCUACUGACCAUGAAGAAAGCGCUUUUCUUAUUCGUCACACAAAAUAAUGUGAAAACCAUUGCAAUAACGACAACAUUGGCUCAAGCCAAUCUAUAAAAGUGGAAUUUUACUCAUGUAAAGAAUUUUGAUAACAAACAUGGGGGAAAAAAUC